AUGGACGUCGACUACUGCCUUACCUGCCAAUGCCAUUUCGAAGCUGGCCCCUUCAAUCCCUACUGCUCCAUCCAAUGUCGUCCAGCAUCAUCCAACCACCACCACCACCUCGUCGCCGACAACGACGACGCUUACGAUGAUGACGACGAGCCUGUAUACCAUUACGUUCAGGAUACCUCUUACAUCAGGCAAUGGGCAGCCGCUAUUCCCGACGGCUCCCUUCCACACGACAACAACGACGACGACUGCCAUCCAUCCAUUCCCUCGCGUCGUCAAAGUCCCUCUCCUCAUCGUUCCCGUUCCCGUCCUAAACUGUUGACGUCGUUGAGCAAACCACCCACGUCGACCACGUCCUCCUCGUUUCAUCACGCAGAUGUCCUUUCGUCUUCCCCCUCAUCAGACUCGUCUUCCCUUGCCACUCCCGUUUCCCCUGCUCUCUCAUCCAAGAUGCUGGGCAUGGUAAAGUCCUGGGUAUCACCCUCGAGCGUCCAUGACAACGUCUGGUGGACACCCCAAUCCACUUCCCAGCAAUGCCAUACUUUCCUUGCCAACACGGACUCUCACCACCACCAUCACGAUUCUCCUUCUUCUCCUUCGAAACCCAUGACUAUCUCCACCACCAAAAAAUCAAAAUCACACCACCAUCACUCCCUUGCCGCGUACGAGGCUUCUUAUCUGCCUCAACCACGAUACAUCCCUUCACGCGGAGGGCUAUAG